UCUGUCUAUGAUGGCGAAGAGCAUGGUCGUUUCAUGGAAAAGCUGGAAGCCCGAAUUCGAAACCAUGACCGAGAGAUUGAGAAAAUGUGCAACUUCCAUUACCAGGGCUUUGUAGAUUCUAUCACGGAGCUCCUGAAAGUUAGGGGAGAAGCCCAGAAGCUUAAGCAUCAAGUGACAGACACGAAUAGAAAACUGCAGAGUGAAGGGAAGGAAUUGGUAGUAGCAAUGGAAGAGCUGAAACAAUGUCGACUACAACAGAGAAAUAUUUCUGCUACCGUCGAUAAACUAACACUAUGUCUUCCUGUUCUGGAGAUGUACAGCAAACUGAGAGAGCAAAUGACAUCUAAAAGACAUUACCCUGCGUUGAAGACAUUAGAGCACCUUGAGCAUACGUACUUGCCACAGGUGAGCCACUACCGCUUCUGCAAGAUCAUGGUGGAUAAUAUCCCUAAACUGCGUGAAGAGAUAAAAGACGUUUCCAUGUCAGACCUCAAAGACUUCCUGGAGAGCAUUCGUAAGCACUCUGACAAGAUUGGAGAGACGGCAAUGAAACAGGCCCAGCAGCAAAGAAACCUGGAUAAUAUUGUAUCUCAGCAUCCCAGGAUAGGUGGUGGAAAGAAAUAUAAGAAAGAUGUCUGUGCAAGCUCAGAUCUGGAGGUGAAAAACACUAGCCCCAUGUCUGAACAGGAUUCGGGGAUCCUGGAUGUUGAAGAUGAGGAUGACGAUGAAGAGGUGCCUGGUGCCCAGGAUUUGGUGGAUUUCUCGCCCGUGUACCGAUGCUUGCACAUCUAUUCUGUACUGGGUGCCAGAGAAACCUUUGAGAACUACUACAGGAAACAGAGAAGAAAACAGGCUAGACUGGUGCUUCAGCCCCCCUCAAAUAUGCACGAAACUUUAGACGGCUACAGGAAGUAUUUUAAUCAAAUUGUAGGCUUUUUUGUAGUUGAAGAUCACAUCUUACAUACAUCCCAGGGCUUGGUCAAUAGAGCCUAUAUCGAUGAACUGUGGGAAAUGGCUCUGUCAAAAACUAUUGCUGCGCUAAGAACACAUUCAUCUUACUGUUCUGACCCGAAUCUGGUAUUAGACUUGAAGAACCUCAUAGUUCUGUUUGCAGAUACACUCCAGGGGUAUGGCUUCCCUGUAAACCAGCUGUUUGAUAUGCUACUGGAAAUCAGAGACCAAUAUAGUGACACUCUGCUAAAGAAAUGGUCAGGAGUUUUCAGAAAUAUACUUGAUUCAGAUAAUUACAGUCCUAUACCCGUAGCUAAUGAAGAACUUUAUAAGAAGAUAAUAGGACAGUUCCCAUUCCAGGAUCCGGAGCUGGAAAAGCAACCGUUUCCAAAGAAGUUCCCCUUUUCUGAGUUUGUGCCUAAAGUUUACAAUCAGAUUAAAGAAUUCAUCUAUGCCUGUCUAAAGUUCUCAGAAGAUCUUCACCUGAGCUCCACGGAGGUUGACGACAUGAUUCGAAAAUCAACCAACUUGCUGCUGACUCGAAUGCUGAGCAAUUGUUUGCAGACUGUUAUUAAGAGGAGAAACACAGGGCUGACAGAGCUUGUGCAGAUUAUUAUAAAUACGACCCAUUUGGAGAAAUCCUGCAAGUUCCUAGAAGAAUUCAUAACCAAUAUCACCAACGUACUCCCGGAGACUGUCCAUACUACCAAACUCUAUGGCACUACCACCUUCAAGGAUGCCCGCCAUGCUGCAGAGGAAGAGAUUUACACUAAUCUGAACCAGAAGAUAGACCAGUUUUUGCAGCUGGCAGAUUACGACUGGAUGGCCGCUGAACCGGGCAGCAAAGCCAGCGAUUACCUGGUAGAUCUCAUUGCUUUCCUGCGCAGCACCUUUGCGGUGUUCACACACCUACCUGGGGAUGUAGAUGUCCAUUCUACAAUGUCGGGUAAGGUGGCUCAGACUGCAUGUAUGUCUGCAUGCAAACACUUAUCCACUUCACUGAUGCAGCUGCUGCUAGAAGCUGAAGUGAGGCAGCUUACAUUGGGGGCCUUACAGCAGUUCAACCUGGAUGUAGAGGAGUGCGAACAGUUUGCCAGAUCCGGGCCAGUGCCUGGGUUCCAAGGGGACACACUGCAGUUGGCCUUCAUCGACUUGAGACAACUUCUAGAUCUGUUCAUCCAGUGGGACUGGUCGACGUAUUUGGCUGACUACGGGCAACCCACAUGCAAAUAUCUUCGUGUGAACCCAACGACAGCCCUUAUCCUGCUGGAAAAGAUAUCGCGAGUGAUGAAAGACACCAGCCGUAAGAACAAUGUCUUUGCGCAGUUCCGGAAGAAUGAGAGGGACAAGCAGAAGCUGAUAGACACUGUGGCUAAACAGCUCCGAAGUCUGAUCAACAGCCACCAUUUGUGAGGGUAGUCAGCUGCUUGGGAUGGGAUUUUGGGAUUUCAGGACAGUGCUAAUCUCUGCACUACAGCCUCCAUGCGCCUGGAGUUGGGAUUCCUGUUUAAAGAGAAUAUAUGUAUUUUUUUAUUCACGUGUAUAGUAUUCAUGGAACUGACCCUUAUGAAAAAAUGUUGCUAGGUGAAUAAUCAAAUGGUGAUAUCGCGGCAUUGUUUGUACUGCUGCCGUGAAGGGUGGGGUCGUGGUUUCCCACUAUAAGCUCCUAUUUUCAGGGGUUUAUAACUUGACCGUAAAGGCUGAAACUUGAGAUAAAAGUUCAUGCCCAGAUGAUUUUUUGUAAUCAAAUUCAGAGAAUCCAUUUGACCUUUCUUUUGUUAAGUUAUUCAAGUGCAGAAAAAAAAUGUAGGGAGCAUUGUGGUUUCCGAUGCUUUUCCUCCAUUCCUGUAGCUCGGCUACGCCUUUGCAAAUGGAAAGAGUAUGGCUUGUGAGCUCGUAAUGCUGAUGAGUGUAUUGGGUAUAUUUAGGAAGGGAGGGCAAACAAAUGCAAAACCAUUCACUUUGUUUUGUUGAUGUGCAUGCUAACUUCAUCCUUAGUCUGCCGACUCCUGGCAGGAGAAGUACACUAAACAGAUCCAUCAGGUCUGUAACUGGACCUGCGGAGCAGGGCUGGAUGCUGUAAUCUGGAAUAACUCUUUAGGAGCUGCUGUUGUCUUUUGCAAAGACACUACCUGAAAGAGCUUGAGAGCUACAUCGUCAUCAAAUGGGAUUGGAGAGGGCCACGGAAUAAUUCUGCUCCAAUGGCCUGACCUUGUGGUGCCAAGUUUGCACUGGGCUGUUGCUUCGUUGUGAUUCAGCUUAGUCCUGUGAUGCUAACGUUGCAGGGAAGAAAAUCAACGCUCUGCAAACAGCGUGAGGACAUCAUGCCACAAUUUUGCCUUUCUCUGCAACUCUGUUCGACGCUGUCUCCUGUCAUCCCCCUUCCUGAAUGUUCGGAGGGACGUCCCAGUGACUCUAGUUAGGUUGUGGGGAGCACUGAGCAAACAGACUUUUGCAGUACGCAGGGCACUGCUGUUACUAGCAUAACUCUGGUGGAGAUUUGAACAGACUCCUGGGCACUCCCGAGUCACAUGGGACUCUAAGAGCACUCCGCUGAAUAUUCAAGCUCAAAUAUCCACUUGGUAAAAAGUGCCUACGGGCAAAAUUCUCCUCUCUUGUCUGUAGCAAGUAUCUGUUCCAUAUUCCUCCCUCCUCCUCUGCAUAAGACUCCCAUUGAAGCCAACUGGAGUGCUUAUGUACAAAAUGUAUGCUGGCAGAGAAAUUCACUCUGCCUGAUAGAGGAGACUUUUGCCCUUACCUUGUAUUUACCUACUAGAUUGUAACUACUCUGGGGGGACACACAUCUAGUGGGUCCCUCUUUAAUAUCAAAUCCCGAUACAAAAAUAUUCUAGUGAUAGAGUCCCUUUUCUGUAGGACCAGUCAUGCCAAGCUCCAUAUUUGCCUAAAACUAAUAACAUUACAGGGAGCCAUUAAGAUCUUUAAUGUAUACAUAACCACAUCAGUACUGCUGCUUCAACACCUGCCAUAAACUUAGUAUAGGAUUUUUUUUUACAUCGGUUUAAAUUAGUUGGGUUGUUUUUAUUCACACUGCAAUUAUUUUUUAAGAAGCCAAUGCACCUUUUCUAGCCUUCGGAGAGAGAUUUAGUUUUAACCUCUUUCUCCUUAAGUCUUCAUAUCAUGCAGGUGACGGAACUUGUUUAAAUACGAUGCACAAUGCAAAUUGUCUGUAAUGCGCAAGGUGACGGCUGGCUCUCCAGGCCGCAUUCAGUCCCUCUUCCUUUCGACCACGCGUGCUGAUCCUGCAUUUUCUGGCAACGGUGCUGGUGCCACUGUCCAACACAUGUUUAAGCACAGGGUGGACCAGGAGGUUAUUUUUUAUUUGUCUUUCCUAAUGGUGAUUUUUUCCAAUGUUCCUUAGCCAUGUGUUUUUUAAAAGGGUACGUAUUACUUGGCCUGAAUGUCAAUAGCCAUGUUUGUAAGCAGCGAACUUCUGCUACUGGCUACAUCCAAGUGAUGGGAUAAGUAUGAGGGGUCUUUUUUAUACUUGGGAGGGCUGUAUAUUGGCAUUUCCCUUGUGUUUCCUUUUUGAAUAUAGCUUAAAAAUGCCUCCAAAGCACAGGUUCUGAAGGAUGGUGAGAGCGACGUGGGUGAAUUGGAAAUUGGCCUGGGUGGAAAGGGACCUGCGGCAGCAAGCUGGAGGGAUCUGCAAGCCAAAGAACUGUUCUACGAGCAGACGCUUUCCUCAACAUGGGGGGCACAGAUGUGAACGGGACUGGUUGAAAACAGCUGAGAGUCUGAGUGUCCUGAACCCACCCCACCUGCAAAGUCUUGUGAGUCCUUGGCUGCAGCAGCUAGAUGGACGGUGCUGUCUCCAGGGGACAGUCUGCAGCAUCUCUGGUUUCAGGGCGCUGCUCAAUGCAAGAGGAGAAUUCACAAGCUUGUGGGACAAGACGACCGACAGUGAAAACUCCUCUUAGCUACUGAAAAAGGGAAAAGCAGCUCUGCUUUGAAAAUCCAGUGUAAGGGCCAGAAAGCCUGGUUUCUUAGCAAACACAAGAAGUGUCGCCAGUCACAGUUCCCAGUACUCUUGCAAAACUCUGUCCCAUCAGUAUCAAACACCAGGGGACAAAGAUGCGAUUUACUCCUCCCACAAAUGGAAAAGGCAGGUUUUUCCCUUCUGUGGGGCUGUCGCAUCCUGCAGGGCCGUGAAGAGGGACACUGCUCGGACGCAGGAGGGGGGGACAGGUCGCGAUGUACUGAGAGGCAAACAUGCCUCAGAUGCAAGAGAAACUUCCCACGUUAAAAUAAAUAUCGCGAUUUUUUUUUUAAAAAAAACAUCAAAAACCCAUGGCAGCCCCGUGCUGAAAAAAAUAGGGGAGAUUUGAGUCCACAAGGCACUUAAGGGCCAUAAAUAGUAACGAGCACUUUAAAAUCCCUCAGAAUCGUGCUGCUGCCGCUGCUGGCAACAGCAUAAAUGAGCAUCAGCAAGCAUGACAAAUAAGGCGCUCUGGCCUUUCCAGUUUUUUAUUAGGAGGAGGAGAGACUGUCAAACACAAUUUUUAAUCGCGUUUGUCAGCCACUGACUUUGCUGCUGGGCAGGGUGUAGGUUUUGCUGGUGGUGAUUAUUUUUUCUCCACUCCUUGUUAAAUGAUGGGAAGCGGGGCUGGGGGGGAGGGGGAACGGGAGAGUGGGAAACACGCCCCCAAAUGUGUAGCUCAGGCUGAUAGCUAGGGGAGGGGUUACCAUGCUGGAGUAGGUGUUAGCAGAGAAAAGCCGCCAGCUGUUAAACUCAUGCUUCAGGCUUUAAAAUUCAGAGUUAUUCCAAGGUGUAGGCUCCAUUUUCCACUGAGCGAUUCCACUUGGUGCCUAAUUAAUAUCAAAAACAAAGUAAACAGCAUCCCUGAGCCAAACCUUUCAGCCGUGACCCCAGCCAGCACCGAACCUUCCGUGACCUGCAGCUGGGCUCUCUGUCCUGUCUCCACCAAGCUUAAUUUAAAGAGGAGUACAAUGGCCUGCCCAGAGUUUAAAAGGCUAGGAAAUUAAUGCUGCUUGGAGAGGCCAUGCAAAACGUCUGGACCGGGAUCAUGUGAACUGGCUGUGGCUCUGGGAUUGAGGAUUUUCUGCUAGGAAAGCAGCCCCCGCCAAGUUGGAGAUUCAGAGAGUCUCUGAUUUCGGGAGGUCAAACUCCUAACCACACGUCACUUAGCGGGGAUGAAAAAUUGAAUUUUGGUGCUCUGUUCCUAAUUAACUUUUUGUUCCAAGAGAUGCAGUCCCGUCCCUUCAAAAUAAAAUUAAUCUUUUAAACAGAUUGCUUAAAAAGCUUUGGAAGACGUUUAAAAUCCCCUCUAACUCUCUUACUAAUGAUUUGUAUCCUCUGAUACGAAUGGUAGUGCUUAUGAGGGAAAGAUUAUUAUAAAUGUACAAGACAGGGGCAGGAGCGGAACCCACGAUAGACCCGUGCCUCCCAAAUCAAACAAUGCUGCUAUUAAUGUACCCAGGUACAUAUAUGAACAGCCCUUCGUUUUUUUAAGUCAUGCUAGAGAGGGCGGGAUUACUUUCCCCCCUGCAAAGAUGUUUAAGCACCAGUUGAAGACAGUUCUGCUCCCUGAGAAGUACCCAGGUAUCUUCUUUGUAAAGUUUGGUGGCACACUUCUGACAGCCUAUGCACUGGGAAUAGGGUUUGUAUUUAAUGCACUAACUUACAGACACAUUGUACCAGUGCGUAGGGAGGGGGGGGUGUGUAUUCAUUCUCUAGUGUUGGAGUUCAAGUCACAAAAGCUCUUAGCAGUUUUGCACUUUGUUUUAAUUCUGACCACAGUUCUGUUCUCCGGUGAGAAAGCUGUCCAGUGCAUUGUUCGGUGUUUGUUAAAAGCUAGGCUGUCCGCGCAGUUACAAAAAUGAUUACGUUAACAAAUGCCAGAGCUGAUAGAUUGGACAUUUUUGUCCAGUUCUAAAACUGUUUGUGGGACACUGAGUCACAUUCAAAGCUGAUGCUUAGAUGGAGGCAUUACAAGUACUGCCAAAGACUCCAUGUACGGAUGGAUGUGUGGGUGGAAGGGUAUGGUACCCCAUCCAAAAUCUGCUAGCAUGGAUCAAUAAUCUUGGCCUUCAAAGACUUCGCUGUUCCCUUUCCGAUGGUUCAGUUGGAAUGAGUUGUCAACAACUAAUCAGAAUUUAAUUUCCAGCCUCAAGGCAAAGCCGUUCUGAGUGUAACAUCAAUUAUCUCAGCACCAGACUUAAAUGAGGGGAAAAUGGGCAAGCAAUGGUGAAUUGGCAAUGGGAGUUAUUUUCAGCUCCCAAAACUCUGCUGAUUAAAGGGGGUGGGAGAACAGCAAGUCCUUUUCUCAAGCAGCGACCAAUUCUGCCACAUUUAUCUUCACUUUGCCAUUACUGUAUCUCUAGAUCGUUUCUUUCUUAGCUUCGGAAUUCACCUUAAGUCACUGCCCGGCUUUUUCUAGUUGGUUCCAGUACUAGCACUUGCAAGGAGACUAUGCAAUGGAGAAACAACCAUUUUCCAUUUAUCCCACCCAUGGGCUGGGCCAGUUCUAUUAGGGAUACACCUGAUCAAAGAAGAACAUGUUUAAAGGCUUCGUUUACUCCCCCUCACUUUCAGGACCAGUUUCUACAUGCCCUUGGGAUACCAAAAUGCCUUUGCUCACCCUCCAGCGAUGGGGUGUAAAUUGCGUUUUAUCCCAAAUCUUGGGAGACAAAGGGAAACCAUCUAAUUAAUGAAUUCAAGGUGGGACAGACCCUCCAUGUUGCAAACUCUGAGCCGUUUUCAUGGGUUUUGUUUUUCAAAGUGGGAUGAUUCUGGUGGAUGUCUGCAUUUGUGUAUAUAGGGGGUGAAGUGCUCACCCAACAAACACUAGACUAAGGGAUCAACGCAGACUAUGCCCCACACCUGUUUCAUAGGUUUAAACGGCAAAAGACACUUGCUGUUGCUGCUUUUUACCUGAUCCCUCCCAUCCAAGGCCUGGCCUUAACCACAAAAUGUUGGGUUAUAACAUGGGUGCAAAGAGUCGAGUUAGCUGACCCGACGCUGACUGCGGUUGACAUAGGUUGUGAUCAGCGUGCUGUUAGCUAGUCAUGGGUUAAACCCUGGUUCCAGUUGGGUUUAAUCACAAGGAGCUGAGACAAUGCAUCUGGUCCAGGUGUCCACUUGGUCCCGCCUUUGCCCUUGUUAGACACACGGGCCUGAUUCUCGUUUACAAUAAGGCCCCUUUGAGCUGCCAGAGUGAUGUAAAGGGGCCUUUGUAUAACCGAGAUUCAUACCAAUGUGACUCUACGCCUGCCCUCCAACUGCUCUGAAUUUAAAGGGACAGCCCUGCAGACCUUUCUGUCUAGACCAUUCGGUGCUUAGUGAGCUAGUGCUUCUACUUAAUCAGGAUUUACAUCUGCACUGAAUUGCUUUCUAAUUUUGCUUGUCCCUCUGAUUUUACUCCCUCCCCCCCACAUGCACCCCUCAGUGUCCAUUGGCUGCUUGUGCCGCCUUUAUGGGCAGGGGGUGGGAGGGGAGGUUUAUUUUAUAACCUAAUGUGGUGAAAACAGCUUUUUUUGCACAAGUCGUUGCACAAUAAGGGGAAUACUUAGUAAAUUAGGUUUAACUUUAAAGGGAACAUGUUUUUUCCUUAAAACUCACUAGCGGAGCUACUGAUUAAAAAUGGACUGCAUGGUUUACAGAUUAAAAUGCAUUAGAAAUUAGCAUGUUGAUUUCAACUGUACAUUUAUCCUAUUGUAACUUCUAUUAAAUAAUACAUCGUAUAAAUCUG